GGUGGUGGUGAGGGUUGGGGUGUGAAGGCACUUGAAAUUCAGCAGAGAGAGAGGAAGAGGCACAGUGUGAAGAGGGACUGAAGCAGAACAUUAAAAGGCUUCUACCAUCAUGGACAGAAAAGUUCUUAUCAUUUACUGCGGCGGAACGUUUGGUAUGUGGACAAAAGAGGAGGACAAAAAAGGGACCGCCAGGAAGGAAGACAAGAAGGUGGACGCAGGAGCAGGGACCGCCAGGAAGGAAGACAAGAAGGCGGACGCAGGAGCAGGGACCGCCAGGAAGGAAGACAAGAAGGCGGACGCAGGAGCAGCGUCAGGAACCGGCAGGAAGGAAGACAAGAAGGCGGACGCAGGAGCAGGGAAGCUUGAACCUCAACCUCUGAAAGACAUUAAGAAGUUCAUUGAAGAUCAUUCCAAGCUUUAUGAUCAUUUCGCUAAAAAAACUGUGGAACUCCAAGAAGAUGGCUGCAUUACGCUGUAUCAACAGCUGUGCGAGGAUGACCCUGAAGACAAAUCAACAGCCAAAGCUGACGACAAGGAACGAAAGAUCUUUUACAAAUUUGAUUCCCUUCAAAAUCCAAAAGACUCCUCGAGUGCUGGCCCUGAAGACUGGAUCGACCUGACUGAAAAGAUUAGGGACAAUUUGAAAAAAUAUGAUGGAUUUGUCGUUAUCCAUGGCACAGAUACUAUGGCCUUCAUCUCAUCUGCACUCUCCUUCUUGUUGGGGAACAUCGAGAAGCCAGUGAUUGUGACUGGGGCACAGCUGCCGAUCUUCAAUCCUCGUUCUGAUGGUCUCUGCAAUCUCAUCGAUUCAUUGCUGAUUGCUGGCUGUUAUUCAGACGAGCCAGUUUUGCAUAAGGUGAUGCUCUGUUAUCAAAGGAAGUUGUACCAGGGAAACCGAGUGAUGAAGGUAGACUGUGAUAGUUUUAGUGUGUUUGACAGUCCUGAAGUUUGCCCAAUUGCGAGUCUGGAAACCACAAUCAAGCUGAUGAAAGAGAUGCAGCUUAGCAGCGCCCCUCGUACUGAGACGGUAGAGUUCAUGUUGAAAAAAGUACCAGCUGUGAGGAUGCUGAAAUUUUCCCCCGGGAUUACUGAAGAAGGGGUGCGUGGAGUUCUGCACGAAGCUGAAGGGGUUAUCCUGGAAACUUUCGGCAAUGGGAACGUUCCAGAAGAAGAGUGGCUAAGGAAGCUUCUGAUCGAUGCUGACAAAAACAAUGUUCUGAUGUUAAACUGCACUCAAGUCCUUCGAGGAAGAGUUGCAUCAGUCUAUGCUGCAUCCAAGAUACUGACAGAGGCCAAUGUUAUCCCUGGCUAUGACAUUACCCCUGUAGCAGGAAUGACCAAGAUGGUGUGGGUACUGAAGUUAAAUGUGAAUCACCAGAAAAGAUGUGAGAUUAUGAAUCACAGUGUAUAUGGAGAGUCAUGUGCUCCUACUCUGAAGUUCAACUUGAAAAUAGAAGUAAAGAAAUAAAAACUACUGCUCUCAGGUCUUCAUAGCCAUAUUUACAUCUAUUUACAACAUAGCAGACUACCUUUCAUGCAUAACAAAGAAGAUAGGAGUAUUGUGUGAAGCUAGCUGGCUAACUAGCUAACUUAUAUCUACUGCCUUACUGAGAAAGGGAGCUGCGUCUGUGGUUGAAGAAGCCAAACGUCCAUACGUCUGCCAUUACUGCAGAAUAAGAGUAUACAUACCUAUAACUACCAUCCCAAAGAGUAAAGAAUAGUAAAUGCAUGAUUCUGUACUCAGUGUUCUCAAGUCUCACGCACCUCAGCUAGUUCACAUGCUCAAAUGUAUAUUAUAAUGUACUCUCGUUGAGCCAAUCAAAAUAUAGAUCGCUCUGUUGUUAGGCAGACCUAGUCAAAGAGGGUGGAGUUUCUGAAGGAGAACGGCGGCCAACACCCCCCCC